GUCGAACCAGACUGUGAUGCAGAUGUGAAGCAGUUUGUCAUGCGCGACUUCUACGUUGAUGACGGACUCAAAUCUCUACCUACUGUUGAAAAGGCCAUAUCUCUACUCCAAAGAACCUGAGAUGCACUUGCAAACUCAAAUUUAAGACUGCAUAAAAUAGCAGCAAACAGAAAGGAAGUUCUAGAGGCAUUCCCGACUCAAGAUCAUGCCAAAAACCUAAAAAACCUAGACUUUGAAGGUGAUUCAGUGCCCAUGCAGCGUAGCCUAGGUCUCCUCUGGGACCUAAGUAAAGACUGCUUCACCUUUUGAAGUAUAUGAUGAGUCAAAGCCCUUUACUAGACGAGGUGUUCUAUCAACAAUAAACAGCCUCUAUGAUCCGCUGGGCUUUGUAGCACCAGUCACCAUACAGGGAAAGUCAAUUCUACGUGAACUUACAGCUGAAAAUGGGGACUGGGAUGCUCCACUGCCUCCCAAAAUGGAAGAGUCCUGGACACAGUGGAAAGACUCACUCAAAGACCUGCCUAACAUGACCAUUCCCAGAGCAUACACAGACAUUUCCCCUUCAACAGCCGUGAAAAAAGAGUUGUGUGUUUUUUCAGACGCAUCUACCAAAGCCAUAGCUGCAGUGGCCUAUUUAAAAGUGACAGAUGCAGAAGGACACAGUCAAGUAGGCUUCGUAAUGGGUAAGGCUAAGCUAGCACCACGCCCAGAUCAGACUAUUCCAAGAUUAGAGCUUAGUGCUGCCGUUUCAGCGGUUGAGCUCGCAGAUCUUAUCUCAGAUGAACUUGACUGUAAACUAGAUCACACUACCUUCUACACAGAAAGUAAAGUAGUCCUAGGUUACAUCUACAACGAGUCUAGAAGAUUUUAUGUCAAUGUCAGUAAUCGUGUGACUAGAAUCCGCAGAUCUUCUCAGCCAUGCCAGUGGCACUAUGUAGCUAGCAGUCAGAACCCUGCAGAUCACGCCACUCGUUCUGUUCCUGCAUACCAGCUGCCACUUAGUAACUGGCUCACUGGCCCUGACCUUUUGCAUCAGAUUCAGAGUUCCCUAAAUGACUCCUAUGACCUUGUAGAGCCCAGCAUGGACUCAGACGUAAGACCUCAGGUAACUGCACUCAAAACAACAGCCUCAACUAAAGAACUGGGCUCAGACAGAUUUUCUACCUGGAAAUCCCUCACACGUGCUCUUACUAGACUAAUACAUGUCAUCCACAACUUCAAAUCACCACCAAGCAAAGCCAAUCAUUGUCAUGGCUGGCAUUACUGUGAAACGGGACUUACUGUGGAUGAGUUAAACCAAGCUCAGAACCUUGUCAUUCGAGCAGUACAGCAGGACGUGUAUGCUGAAGAGAUCAAGUGUGUGCAAAAACAUGGAUAACUACCCAAAACCAGUCCUCUCAAAACCUUAGACCCCUAUCUGGACAAAGAAGGACUCCUUAGAGUAGGUGGUCGCAUCAGAGACUCAAACAUUAGCCAAGGUGAGAAAAACCCUCUCAUAGUUCCUGGCCACCACCAUGUUGCAGCGCUUCUCAUAAAGUACUACCACGAACAGACCCAGCAUCAGGGUCGCCUUUUCACAGAAGGAGCCGUUCGCUCCGUAGGAUGGUGGAUAGUGGGCGGUAAAAGAAAAGUGAGCACAAUCAUCCAUCAUUGUGUUGCCUGCAAAAGAUUUCGUGCCCCGUUGAGCACACAAAAAAUGUCAAACCUCCCUCCAGACCGUCUCACAACGGAUCCUCCAUUCACGAAUGUGGGCUUAGAUGUGUUUGGUCCGUGGUUUGUGUCUUCACGACGUACAAGAGGAAGCGUCAAUCAGAAUAAAAGAUCCAAGUGACCCCUUCAUCUUGACUCCAGCUGUUCUCCUGACUCAAAAGGUAGCACCCCUUCAGGCUCCAGCUGAAAAGUUCACAGCAUCAGACCUCUACAAACAUCAGUGGCGCCAGGUUCAGCACCUGUCGAACAUCUUCUGGGACAAAUGGAGAAAAGAGUUUCUCCCUACCCUCCAGCCACGCCGCAAAUGGCAGUCUAGCCAGCCUAACGUGAGCUUAGGAAGUGUUGUGGUACUCAAAGACAGUCAAGUGCCAAGAAAUGAAUGGCCUCUUGGUCUCAUAACUAAGGUGUUCCCAAGUAAAGAUGGUAAAAUACGUACCAUUGAAAUUAAGGUAGCUAAAUCAGAUGGUACAAAGGUGUUAACAUUAGUAGUUGUAUUAUUAAUGGAGUUUUGCAUAUUUUAUGUAGUCACUUUCUGAAGUGUGGAUUUUGACCAGGCACCCCUAGUACAGGAAUGUCUGGAACCAGCUCUCCUUUUAAAGUCUCUGAUCCUAUGAGUAUUACCCAUUAGGCAAACAGAACUUGGAUGGAGCCUGGUAGGAGGCUCGCCCAGCUCUAGAUGAAGCCAUGCUUGCCAGGGUGGCCUUGCAAUCCCCAAGCAUCUGUAAAUUUGUAAGGCCAGAGUAACCUGUAAGAACCCUUUGAGUGAUAUUAUGAUAAUACACAUUUUUACCUUUACUGUUUAACCAUGUCAUGGUCCUGGGUUGAUGACCCAGUGUUUUGAGUUUUGUAUCAUUAUUGAACCUUGAUUUUGUCAUUGUUUAUCCUCUUUUGGUUUCUGUUUCUGUGUUCCAUGGUUGCUGUCUCCCCUAGUCAAGUCCAUGUCUGUUAUGUUUCCUGUUUUACUUUGAAAGUCUGUGUCUUAUGUCAGUGUAUUGAGUUUUACUUCC